AUGGUCGCUCCAGCAUUCUCGCAACUGGUGGGCACUCCCACGGUGGGCGGCGAGCUGGGCAGCUGGGGUCCCUGCGCAAAAGGCGGGGCGCUCGGCUCCCUGAUCGGUUCUUGCCUCGCGUGCGCGUUCGUGUCGCAGCUGUGGGCAGGCCAGCAGAAGCGAGUCGACGAGAUCGUCUGGGGGCUCUCUUCCAACUGCCCAGAGACCCUGCGCGAUCCAGCCGCGCCAUUGUCUGAGCUGCUCCGGUGCGAGGGGGAGGCGGACAGGGCAAAGUCGAGAGCAAGGUUGGCCUUCCUCAGGAGGACGAGAGAAGGCCAGGAGGCAGCGCACGCUGCUGAAGUGGAUGCAGCUCAGUCGGCCAUCAAUGAUCUCCAGGACAACUCCCAUGUCUACAGCAUGGUUGGCUCGUGGAACGACUGGAAGGCGCCCGAGACCAUGGACAAGGACAUUGGCGUGCAGCUCGUCUCCUCUGGCGUCGGUGUGGACGCGGCUUCUGUGAGCGCCUCUUUGUGGAAGUUCCCCAUCACGAUUCAGGCCCCGUCGGGCAGUGCCAGUGACAAAGAACGCACCGAAGAGUUCCAGAUCCUUGUGGACGGCGACGGUUGGGAAAACGUGAGAUGGCGCCUCUUCCCCAGCAGCAAGGACAACGCCUCCUGGCUAUUGCAACCAGGCGGUGCCGCCUCUGGUGCUGGCGUUGCUUCUGCCGUUGGCGAGACCGCCCACGGGCGCAAUUGGAAGGUACAGGGUUUUCCUGGCGACUCCCUCCUCGUGACCUACAACUCCGUGUCUCGGGAAGUCUCCUGCGAUGUUGUAACGACCAAACUUUCGACCACCAUCAGCGUCACGACGCACACAACCACCGUCACGUUGGCGAAGCAGACCCAAGGCGCGCUCGCCACCAGCGUUGCAGCGAAGGAGGAGGAGCGCGGAGCUUCCACGGGUUCCAAGGAUGACCGUUCAGUCGACCCCGACUUCGGCAGCAGUGAUCAGGCGAUUGCCACGUGCCACGAUGCCCUUGAAGGCGAGGCAUGUUGGGUCAACGUCAUGUGGGCGAAGACGGAUGGCAUCGACCGCCACCCAGAAUGGUACGAAGGUCUCAGCGCCAGCUCCAGCAUGGCGGAGUUCCAGGCUAUGUUGCAUUCGCGCGGGCUCGGGGAUUGCGAGGCCCCCUGCCACUCGAAGGAGCACAAGCUGCCCACGCCGUUCCUUGUCGAGAGCUGA